GCGUAUUUGUAACGAAUGUUUAUCCUGAAUCAAAAAAUAUUAAUUUGUUGACUUAAAAAGUGCUUAGACUUUUCAUGUAAUUGUAUUAUAUUGACAAUAAUUCUAUAUGGAUAUUAUUUAUAGUAGUAACUAUGAAUAAAUGUGAAUCGUAAGACGAGCAGUUAGAGAUCGAAAAAUAUUUUGGAGGUUAUAUUCUUAGUAUUGAAAUUGAUAACGGAUUUUAUUUAAAUAUGGCAGCAUCAAGAUUAAUUAAACAUCGACUAAUCAAUGUGAUAAAAAGGUUCAAAUUCGAAGAAUUAGAAAGCAGCGUGAUACCCAUUUUUCCAGAAAUAUCUUGGGGUCAUGUCAGAACUAAAUUAAUUAAAAAUCACAAAACAUUCACUGUUAAUAAUGCUGUACGCGUUAUCGAAGAAAUUCUUAAUGAUGCAAAUUUAGGAGAGAAAGACUUGCGUAAUAGACUGACAACAUUAGAAGUAAUAGAUAUAAGUAGACAUGACAAAAGAAAGGUAUGGUAUACUUAUGAAUUAAAAGGUACAGGCAAAGCAUUAAAUUACCUUGAAAGACGACGGAUGCAAGAAGAAAUAAUAGAAGAAUUUCAAUCAAAUGGUUUUAAUAUAGAUGUAAAAGUUGCAAUAUAUGACAACAUCACAUUUGUAAAUAUUAAGGAGAAGAGUAAAAAGAAGAGAGUACAACAUACCAUGCCUAUCUUUUUUGCUUUAUUUAUGGGACAUAAAUAUCUUUUCUGCUCAAAAAAGAAUAUUUCACAUGAUUUUAUAAAAUGUAUGGCUGAUGCUCUUGGUUAUAAUAAUAUCAAAAAGAUUAAGCUUAUGGGUAAAGAUCUUAGAUCUUUAAUAAGAUUAUUAUGGAACAAACAACAAGGCACUUUACUUGCUGAAGAUAUUCAUCAACCAACAGUUUAUGAACCAUCUGUUCCUGUCAUCAGUAAUAAUGGUAUAGAUUAUACACAAAAUAAACAGCGGAAAAAUUAUGCAGAAAAGUAUUUUCCUAAAGAUCCUCCAACUUUAGAAUUACUUGUUAUAAACGGACCAGAGGAAUCUAUAAAACACGAAGCUGUAGCUUCAAUAUUACCUAAUGAUAAUAUACAUAUGAAUUGGGAGUUUCGUAGUCACAAUAUAGCUAGAUUCUUGACUAGUUUAAUAGAAAAACGUAUAAUUCCAUUACCAUUACCUGACUAUGUGUCCAAUCUCAUGACACUUGGAAAAAACGAAUUAAAACUUCAGACUGGCUGAUACGAUUUUACAUAAACAAAUCCUUAGGACAAUGAAAAAAAUAAAUAAAUAUUUAAUGCUGUGCAUAUGCAGUGCUUGUACAAACUAUUGUAAAAAAAUAUUAAUUUUCUAGAAACUUCCAAAAUUGCAAUAUGUAAACGUU